AUGUUCAAAAUAAUGACAAGAAAAUCGUUCAAGGAGCCACAUCAAACCGAAUUCGCUAAGACUUUUCCCACAACUCUAAUCUUGAAAGUUUUUGACCUCACUCAAUGUGAGUUCAUUGAAUGCAAAAUGUGCCCAGUUAUUUACGGAGAUCGCCUUGAAUCACUGCCGCAAAGCACAGCGAAGGUUAGUGGGAAACUGCAGCAACAACGCCCAAAAUUUUUCGAACCAAUUUCAUCCGCUACCGCCAAUUUGAAUCCUGUCCACUGCCAGUUUUAUGCCACUCCGAAAAACGACAAGCGGCUCGGCAGGCGCAACCUGAGCAUGCGUUACUCAUGCCCCAGCAAACGGCACAAAAAGUGA